AAAGCAAGAGCAACAAAACUAACCGCGAAUGCGAUUGCCAAGAGGGUUAAUACACCAAGAACAGGUGGCAAAGUACCUAGACAGCUCUUUAAUCCGAAUACCGCUUUUGUACAGUCUGGUGGAAAGAAGCAAAAGAAGCAGCCCGUGGCGCCCCGUCGUGGACGUAGACGCAAUCUAGCUAUCAAUGAGAUCAGGCGAUACCAGAGAUCGGCAGACCUCCUUAUUCCAAAGAAAUCUUUCCAGAGAUUGGUAAGAAAGAUCGUCAGUGAGCACGCGACUGACCUUCGUAUUCAAGCAUCAGCAAUGGCAGCACUACAAACAGCAUCAGAAGCAUAUCUCGUUUCGUUUUUUGAAGACAUUAAUUGCUGUGCUAUCCAUGCGAAGAGGGUCACCGUUCAGUCAAAGGACAUUAAACUUGCAUUGAUGAUUAGG